CAUACUUGCUUGUCUACCAAUAUCUUACAACUCAUCAGUUGUGUCCACAGUUACAAGAUCAUCAUAGGUGUUUGUCAACUGCAAAACUAUUAAUGAAGUUCUUGAAAACGUUCCUGAACAGUCCUGUUGGACCCAAGACUACUCAUUUCUGGGGUCCGAUAGCCAACUGGGGGUUCGUUAUCGCGGCUCUAGCCGAUACCCGUAAACCUCCAGACAUGUUAUCAGGCAACAUGACAGCAGUGAUGUGUUUAUAUUCAGCCUCUGGCAUGAGAUUCGCGUGGAUGGUGCAGCCCAGGAACCAUCUCCUUCUUGCAUGCCAUGCUACAAAUGAAACAGUGCAGCUCUUUCAAUUUUCACGUUGGGCUAAACAUGAAGGGUACUUGCAGCAGAAGGGAGAUAACACACCCUCAACUUGACUUCAGACUUCAUCUUAUAUUCGGGUAGUUAUUCUCCGUAAUCGUUGCUGCAGUUGAUCGACGUUGUCCCCAUCGAUGGUUGUUCCCGAAGGGAGUUCUUCAAGCUCGGAUUUAUGCGAAUGAAUACGUUGUAUAAGUUGUGUCGUUGUGAGUUUAUUGAUCGUUCGAUUACUCUAUUUGCGGUUCCGCGUUUGUAUCGAUUGUGUGAAUUAUAUUUCGAUUAGAUCUCUCCAA